AUGUCGCCCCCCACGAAAUUGUGUACGUGGUCGUGCAUGCGUUCCAUAGCGUCCUGGAACCGGAAAAAGUCGCCCGUCGUCUUCUCGGUCGCGUUGCGCACAAAGUCUGGGCUGAGUGUGCUGUUUUGCGGGCGCUCACCUUCAAACCAGCCGGUGAUGAGCGUGAGAUUCCUCCUCAGCGGAUGGGGGAUCGGCCACGAAAGCGAGAAGUCCCCCUUCUCGCUGGACGAGGCAAAAGCACCGGUGGUGACGGUACAAUCCGCCUCGGGCGAGGAAGCACAGUCCCCCGUGCCGCCGAGUCCGUACUCUGUCGAAGCUUCUCCCGAGGCCGCGAAGCCCAUCAAGCCUGUCCAGGCACUCGGAGGCAGGAAAGUAGAGAAAACGCGUCUCCCAAAAGGAUUGGCGCACGCCAUCAACUCCUUCGAGCAGUAUCCGUACCUUGCCGAGCGCGGGCUGCAGCGGAAGUAUGCUCGGUAUGCCAAGCAGCUGCCUAUACAGAGGGCAGUCAGCAACAAGCUGGGCUAUCCUUCCCAUUUUGAGGCUGCCCGGAAGGGCAUCGAGGUAAACACGCAGGUCUUGGACCAGAUCGCGCUGAUUGCGCGAGAGGAUUAUCAAACCGGCCAGGCACUGCUGGAAGACCAAGACAAUGCCGAGUUUGGCUUAGUCAGCGGGGUGUUUGCGCACCUCUCGCGCGACUGGAGCUCACAGGGCGCCAAGGAGAGAGGGGCCGUUUUCCCGCCUAUUUUGGAGGGACUUGCGCAACAUUUUGGCACAAAUGCGCAAGGGAAAAAGAUUCUCGUCCCUGGAAGCGGCAUGGGAAGACUGGCAAGCGAUCUAGCUGAUCUCGGAUAUGAUGUUACAGCUAACGAGAUGGAUUACGGCGCCAUCUUGGCCUAUCACUUGCUGGCAAACCAUACUACUGAGCUGCACCAGCAUACACUGCAGCCCUUUGUAAGCGACUGGGCGCUGCAGACCAAGUCCUCCGCACGCUACGCCUCUAUGACUGUGCCAGAUCACCUGCCCAAUCCGGCCGUUAAGCUCGUCGAGGGAGACUUCCUGGAGAUGUUCCCGGAGGACGGAGAAUUUGACGCUGUCGUUACACUCUUCUUCAUCGACAUGGCCGACAACGUGAUCAACUUCCUAAGCAAUAUCCAUCGUCUUCUCAAGCCAGGCGGCGUAUGGAUCAACCUUGGACCACUGAAAUGGGGAUCCUAUGCUGCUCUUCAACUUUCCACUGAGGAAGUGCUCCAGCUGGCAGAUCUGCUCGGCUUCGAUGUGGACCAUACGUCCAGGAAAAACGUCGACAGCUUGUAUGGUGCCCAACAGGACACAUUGCUGAAGUUUACUUAUGUUACGGAAUUUUGGUCUGCGUUAAAAGUGUAA